GUUUCAACAUAAACAAGUAGGAUUUAACUGUGAUCAGUCGUGUAUUGUUAUUAUUAAACUUCCAUGACGACACCGAUUGAUUAAUACAGAAAGAUAAGCGAAUCGUUUGUACAAGGGAGGUGUAUCGAAACUCACAAGGUAGAUAAUUGGGCAGAAUGAGACUGAUCAUUUUGGAGGAUGCGGAUAUAGUGGCAGAUUGGGCGGCGCGAUUCGUGCUGCAGCGCGUGACUCAGUUCGCGCCCGGCCCCGACAAACGGUUCGUGCUCGGCCUGCCCACCGGCGGCACGCCCCUGGGCAUGUACCGCAAGCUCAUACAGUUCUAUAAGGAAGGCAAAAUCUCAUUCAAAUAUGUCACCACCUUCAACAUGGACGAAUACGUAGGUUUGCCGCGAGAUCACCCGGAAUCUUAUCACUAUUACAUGUGGAAUGAGUUCUUCAAACACGUGGACAUAGAUCCUGCGCAGGCGCACGUGUUGGACGGGAACGCGCCGGACUUGGUGGCGGAGUGUGCGCGUUUCGAGCGGCUCAUACAGGAGGCCGGCGGUGUACACUUAUUCAUCGGAGGUAUCGGUCCGGACGGUCACAUCGCGUUCAACGAGCCGGGCUCGUCGCUGGUGUCUCGCACGCGCGUCAAGACCCUCGCGUACGACACGCUCGAGGCCAACAAGCGCUUCUUCGGCAACGACAUAUCGAAGGUGCCGCGGCAGGCGCUCACCGUCGGCGUCGGCACCGUCAUGGACGCCAAGGAGGUGAUGAUAUUGAUCACCGGCGUUCACAAGGCGCUGGCGCUGGCUAAGGCCGUAGAGGAGGGCGUGAACCACAUGUGGACCGUGUCCGCGUUCCAGCAACACCCGCAGACGCUGUUCGUGUGCGACGAGGCGGCCACGCUUGAACUGCGCGUCAAGACCGUCAAGUACUUCAAGGCGCUGAGCGAGGAGCACCAGCGCAUGAUCGAGGACGCGCCCGUGCAGGCGCAGCGCGUGCUGCACUGACCGUCACCACAGCGACCGCGACCGCGACCACGACCACCGCCGCCGUAGCCGCUCAACACAUCACACCUUAUACAACGUUUAACAAUCACAUCCUUAAUACACAUAGUCUAAUGGGGGAGCACAACAAAUUGCUCGACAUCGUGCAGCGCCCUUGAAAUCGAACAUUCCGUGUAUUGUGAGAAAUGUACUAGCAUAUAACAUUUUAAAUUUUAUACUGUUACAGAAUUAUGAUUAUGUAUUGACUUUUUUGAAUGUUUAUGUAAGUAAAAGAUUAUAACAUUUCUA